UAUCAUCCCAGCUUCCUUUUUUUUUUUUUCAGGGCUCUUUUUUUAAAGCCUUGAGGAAGCACAGAACUUGGAUGGCUGGAUUUAACAAUGUGAAAUAACAGUUUUAUGAAACUGUUAUUGUUGUUGGAUUAAAUCUUUUUUUUUUUUCCAUUCAAGUUUCCUCUUUGGACCAGAACAGCAGACCAUGGCAGAAGUUCUGACUAAGCGCAAACUUUACGCGGCGGUGCUGGUUCUGACGCUUCUCCUGUGCGCACAAAGCGGCCGGGGCUUCUCGGUGGCCGGGCAGCAGGAGAGCACCUGCGAGGACAACGGCAGCCUUUACUACGUCGGGGAAUGGUAUUUCCUAGACUCGGACCACUGCACCCAGUGCGAGUGCACCGCCGAGGGCUCCGUCUGCGCGCGCACCGAGUGCACGUCUCUCCCGGCCGCCUGCAUCCAUGUCAGCCACUACCCCACCGACUGCUGCCCCAGGUGCGAGAAGAUCGGCUGCGAGUACCGGGGGGUGGUGUACGAGCUGGGGCAGAAUUUCCAGCCGUCAGAGUGUGAGCAGUGCACCUGUGACAGUGACGGCAUCGCUCGGUGUCUGGUUGCAGAUUGUGCCCCUCCACCGUGUGUCAAUCCUGUGUACCAAACUGGAAAGUGCUGUCCUGAAUGCAAAGAUGGUCCCAACUGUUACGCCGAUGAGUCGCGCAGUCAGGUGAUUCCUGCAGGAGAGCCCGUUUGGGUCGACUCCUGCACCAAGUGUCGCUGUCACGACGGCCAAGACGCCGGCUACUGGGAGGGAAACCGCCUCGCCUCCUGUUCUCGCCUCAAAAACUGCACACCUGAGCUGCCGCCCAGCCACAAAGCCUGACUUUCAACGGGAGCUGCAGUUACUUUCAAAUCCAUAUUGAGCGGUGGAUGAUGAGCUGCACGGGCCUCUUAGACUGCACCACUGAAAAAUGUCCCUUGGCUCACUCCUGGAGCUGGCACAGCUGAUCAUUUAAUGCAACAAGUUCUUCAUCAACAUAUAAACACAUGUAAAGACGAACAGAACUAAACCUAAUUUUCAAAUCCUCUACAGAAAAGUUCAGAUUAAAUUAAAGGUCUAGUUUUUCUUGGGGGGAAAAAGCACCUGCUGUCUAUAGUGUUUUAGAUGAAGAUCAUUUUAUGUUGAGAAAUGGUGUUAUAACUUAAAAUUAAGGUUUUAUAUAAAUAAAUAAUAAUAACUAAUUUAAACGCGCUUAGCAAAAAUCUCACAGUUAACUUUUGCUACUCUGCAUGGAUAUUGCAAUAUUUUACACACUCCCAUGUCAUCUGUUAGUGCCUGGAGCUUGAGUUGUAAACGACUGUCUGCUACAAAAGUUUAGUUCAGUAUCUGUGAAACUCACCAAGGCGUAAAUUAAAGUCAUUUAGCUGUGGCAGCCAUCUUUUUCCAAAAGCUAAUCAGCUGUCGAUGUGCAACCAACGAUGACUUUCUAAACGCUUCAUUAAAAUGAGAAAUUCUUCUAAUGGUAAAGAUGAAUAAAAACAAACAAAAAAAAUGUUAAAACAUUAUUAUAGCUUUGGCUGCGGGUGACAAUUGUAACAGUGGAGCAGGAGUCUGCAACCUUUACAAUCAAAAAAGCAAUUUCUGCCUCUUUCUCUCUAAAAAAUGUGUCUAAACUGUGAUUGUCAACUGGUGGCCCAUGGGCCACUUUGAGUCUGUCAAGGGGGCCUAUUUUAGCCUGUGAGAGUGACAUUAUAAAAGUGAAGAUAUAUAGUGAAAUUGAACAUUUUUACAAUUAAGGACAAAAAUAAAAAACAGUCACAAGAAAAAAAUUGUUAUACCAACUUUAAUAAAAAUCUAUAACAGUGACCUAUGCAGGCAUGGUUUUGUUUUAUUCUAAUCCUUACUAUUAUCUAUCACCAUAUUUAUUCUCAAUAACUUAAAUGUAAAGACAUUCAAAAAUAUAUUUUAAAAAAUCCUGUGGGUUUUAAAAGAAAGAUCAUGCUGUAAGGCUGAAAGUUGGAUUAUUGAAUUGACCAACAAACUACCGGUACUAGCCUGACCUGAUCAACCUUUUUAACUCCUUGUAUUACUGCACUGGUAUUGAUCAUAUAUUUGCAAACAGAUGGACAGGAAAACUGUUAAAGCUAUCCUUUUCUGCUAAACUUAAAAAAAAAAAAAAAAAAAAAAAAAAAA